AUGAGAUCCAUUAAAUGUGUGAUCGUGGGAGAUGGGGCUGUUGGUAAAACGUCUCUUCUGAUAUCAUACACUACCAAUACAUUCCCCCAAGACUAUAUUCCCACUGUAUUUGACAACUACACUACCACAAUUGCACUCAAUGAUGAAAAGUCAUUUGAGCCCCAGGUCUUCAGAUUGAACUUAUGGGAUACCGCAGGCCAAGAAGAAUACGACAGGUUGAGGCCGUUGUCCUAUCCGCAGACUGACAUUUUUCUGCUCUGCUUUAGUGUCAAUGAGCCCAACUCGUUCAAGAAUGUUCGGGACAAAUGGUUUCCUGAAAUAAGACACAAUACCAACUACGAGAACAUGGAAUUGUUUCAGACUUGCGGUAAAUACCCCAUUCUGCUCGUGGGUACCAAAGCUGACCUGAGAGAUGACGAGCACGAGCAAGACCGCCUAACUGAGGUAAACUCGGAUUUUGUGUCCAAGACUGAAAUUGAUCAAUGCGUCUCUCAAUGCGGUUUCAUGGGCUUCGUCGAAUGUUCAGCAGCUACUCAAGUGGGUGUGGCUGAAGUUUUUGAAAGUGCCGUUCGGAGCGUUGUUUUCGAACCUGAACGGCUCUUGGAGCAGGCGAAGACUUCCAAGGGCGUGGGAGUUGAACAACCAAAGGCAACCGCUUCUGGCUCUCAAAGUGGUACAGGCGCAGGCGUCGGCAAAUCGAGCACAAACUGGAAUUCAUCCAACACUGGGGCCACGAAGAAAAAGAAGAAGAAAAGCAAAAAGUGCUGCAUUCUAUGA